AGCCACCACUGCGACCCCGAGCCCAGAGCAACUGCGCUCCCGAGCCCAGCCCCGCGGAGAAAUAACUGGGUACCCGGGUUGGGGCGCUGGUGGGCGGGUCGGAGGUAGCGAACCACACCGAAGCGCUACUCGGCGACGAGCAGAUAUUGCAGCCAAUAGCUAGAGCGGAGGGAGCAUGAGCCAUCUGCAGAACUUACUGUUGGAUACCCUUCUGGGAACAAAGCAUGUUGACAGUGCAGCGCUCAUCAAGCUCCAAGAACGAAGCUUGUGUGUAGCAUCACCAGGAUUUAGUAUAAUGCCUCAUGACGUUCGAACACUUGUGAAUGGAUUCGCCAAGAACCCUUUGCAAACUAGAAGAGAAGGAUUGUAUUUCAAGGAAAAGGACUACAAAUGUAUCCGGGCUGAUGACUAUUCACUUUAUGCUAAGAAUGAAAACACAGGUGUGGUUGUUGUGAAGACCCAUCUAUAUCUUCUGGUGGCAACUUACACUGAAGGCAUGUAUCCUAGUGUCUGUGUGGAAGCGACAGAGAAGCUGGGAGAAUAUCUAAGAAGAAAAGGAAAUUAAGUCAUCAGAGGACUAUGAAAGACAGCUGUCAUUAUUUUAAGAAAUAGAUCCUAAAGAAAAAAAAAAUCAUGCCUUCUUUUGUGGUUGAAAACACUAGGAAGAAGAUACUAAAGAGGAAGAACGAGUUAAGGGAGCAAUUUUUCUUAUUUCAAGAGAUCUUCUUUUUUAAUUGGAAUUCUUUGAUA